AUGUUAUUAGGGGGCCCACAGAUCGGUCAUGCUUUACUGGAGCAGGCCCAUCGCGCGCAGAUCCGCUGGGUGAAACGCUCAUCAUCGGAGCAGACCAUCACCCACACCAGCGUCACCAGCAGCGCCCACGUGCACGAGACCCACCGCGCCACCAACGGCUGGCGUCACCAGCAGUUUGGUGACAGCGAGCCGAGGAGGAGCCCCCCCGCAGCAGCCGUCGUCGCCGCACUCCCCUGUGUGGUGCACUCGCACCGCAAGCCCGCAGCCCCGCAGCCGCACGAGGCGCCCCUCGCCUCCAGGCCCCUGCCCGGCUACCAGCGCCCGGCUCAACAGGUCAGGCCACGCACACGCCACACCGCGCACGCACACGCGCACCACACGCACGCGAAUGCCUGCAAAUAG